AUGGAUCCAAAAUCAUUCUGUGAGAAGGAUCAGAGUCAGACUGUGGGAGCCUCGGCGUCUCCUUCUAAUCCAGGGUGUAUAAAUGUGUUUCUCCUUCUCCCAAAGCCACAGCGACUCCACACAUCUCCAGAGAUGGCUGCUGCCCUCCUCGCUCUGCUCUUGGCCUCUGUCUCGCUGGGGACUGGACGAGCUAUGAACCAAGGAGACCAAGGCUGCGAGGACGACUGGACUCAGUUUGGGUCUCGCUGUUUCAGGUUCUACAAUGAGAGAAAGUCCUGGCAGAAUGCAGAGAGCGUGUGCCUCACUGCUGGUGCAAACCUGGCGUCCGUCCACAGUCUUCAGGAGAACGAUUUCAUUUCUGACUCGGUCUUGAACGUGACCGGGUUCAGCGCCUACACUUGGCUCGGGGGUUACACAGAUCAGAAUCACAGGUGGGUCUGGAGCGAUGGGACGCCAUGGGACUUCGAGCACUGGUCUCCGGGGCAACCAGACAACCACAACGACCAGGAGCACCACCUCAUGUUCAACUUUGGAGAAAGAAAAGCCCUGGUUUUGGGUGAGGGUGGGGGGAGAAAUGGGUGCCGGGGAGGGCGGGGGGAGGCGGGUGAGGGUGGGGGGUGA